UCGAACCCUUAACCUUGUGCUUUAUAGCACAAUGCUCUACCACUUAUAUAUAUGUUCCAUAUAGGUUUAGAUAUUAUUAGUGGAAAAAUACUGGUUUGAAUUUGCUCUAACUAUGCUGUAUGAUCCAGACUGAAGAGCAAAGGAACAGGCACUCUGGUGGGAUCUCUUGUUCACGCGGAGCCUGCUGUAAAGCUCCUGGUUUUCUCAGGUGAGGGCUUCUUCCAAGGCUCUGGAGGAGACUGUGGGCCUGUGGCCAGUGAGACUCCCUCUCCAUCAACUGCUGCUUCAGAGAUGAGAUCUGCAGUCUCAGAUCGUACAUGCACAAAUAUUUAAACAUAAGUAUUCUUGCAUGUGUUUACUAUUGAAACCAUGUAAGGAUAAGACGGUACAAAAUAAUCAAUGCCAUCAGUGGUUCCAUGAAGAAAAUUACACAUUUCCAUUGCACAAAAAGUUCUUUAAAAUGGAAAAAGAUACUUAAAAUGGUCACAUUAGAACUAUUUAGUGAAAGGAUCUUUGAGGAACCAGAAAUGUACUGGUUCUUAAGCCUGAACAAAGGUCUGCAGCCAUCCUCACAAUUAAAACCAAUAUUAUAAUUGUAAAAUCAUAAUCUUUUUGCAAAACCUGAUUGGAGUAUCUGGUUGCUCUUGUCCCUUGCCAUGAGUGGUGUCUUCUAAAGUAACUUUGACUUUUGGGAACUCCACUGUGAGGAGCUUAGAAGCAGAAGGUUGUCUAAAGUCACUGUCGGUCCCCCUUUCCGUUUUUCAUAGAUCCUUCUAAGCUUUUAAAUUCAGAAUCGCUGCUAAAGCUCGAAGAACUGGAUGUAGCAGUAGAAGAGUGAUGAGGUAAUGGGUGAGUUGGGAUUGACUUCUUUAGACAGAUCACCCCUCUGGCAGUGUAAAUGGUAAAUUGCAUUAAGAUGAUUUAUCUUAGAGAUUUUGACAAAGUGGUCUUUUUUUUUUUUUUUUUAAAGCCAACACUUUCUUACCUUUGUGCCAGAGCAAAUCCACUUGGGCCUGCUUCCAUUGGUUUUACCAUAAUUCCUCAAGACUUUUUGGUAUCUCUUUCUGAUGAGAUUCAGUGGGACGUAUCGUCUGCUGACAGCUUCAUUUGUGGACUAACAGAGCAUCUCCUCUGGAGUUUUUGUAAGCAGUCCUUACCCUUCAAAAUUAUCAAAUUUUCCUUCUCAUUUACAAAGGAAUUUCCUAGUCCCUGCUCCUCUGAUUUGUGCAUUACUCUGGAAAAUAGUGAGGAUAUUGCUUAGAACACACAAACUGUAUACAAGUUACUUUUUGAAUAUUGCUCAUACCUGAAUCUCAUGUUGGAUAAUAGCUUGGUCUGUUUUGAGAUGUAAAAAUCAGCUUGUUAUGGAAAUGGGAGGCAUGGCAAAUCUUUUAAACAUGUCAUGACCUUUUCCUAAAGGGCAAUAUUUGCCCCUCAGCUCAUUUUCUUCACAAAAACCCUUCAGUCUACUCAGGCGUGUCUGAACAAUCCAUUAAAUAGUCCUAAUAUACAAACUAAGGAGUUUAAGACAGAAGAUCACUAACAUUACAUUUUUUCGUGGGCUUUGUUAUAACUUGCACAGUACAGUCAACAAACACAUUAUUGUACUGCCAGAAUAUGCUCUGCUCUCAUCUUAUAUGAGCUUUGCAAAUACACAUAAAUGUAUGUCUUUAGAUGCUUUUUUGAAGUUCGCAUUAGCUUUGUCCAUUGUCCAUUAUAAGUGACGCUCACUGAGUGCUCUAUAAAAGACUUAAACAUUAGUCGUCUUAAAUGAAGCCCUUUCUUGUCUUUUUCACAGCAGUUCGUGACACCAGGCGUUUAUUGUAGCUCCUCACCAGGUAGAGACUUGAAUGUUAGGAAGAGGAGUUGCUUUGCCUUCAGGUCUGAGCAGCUUUAAAAUGCUCUGCUUUGGCAGAACAGACGUUCACAGCUGUGUCGUCUACUUACAUUAGAAAUCGCUUUGGACCCAGGAAUCAAAAUAUGGAGAAUAUGAACUCCACCUUGGUGCCAACACCAGACACCAUCGACAAAGACUGUCAGGAGAACGUUGACCAAAAUCGAGUGCUGUACAUUUUCUACUCUUCUGUGGUAGUGGUGCAGUUUAUCUUGGGUUUCCUGCUGAACAUUACAGUUAUCCAUCUCUUCAUCUUCAAGCUCAAGUUCUGGAAAUCUAAGACCAUUGACAUUUUCCUGUUCAAUCUGGUCCUGGCUGACAUUUUGUUGCUGAUUGGAUUGCCCGUAAAGGCAUACAACUUUCAGCAAUGCAGUGAACAGAAAGUAGUGUGCAAAGUACAGCUCUUUCUGCAGUUUAUCAACCGAGGAGCCAGCAUUGCCUUCCUGACGAUCAUCUCCAUUUAUCGAUAUUAUAGCGUGGUCCAUCCUGGGAGGAGGAAAGUUCGGAGUAUUUUGAAACGAUCGCCUCAGAUUUCUGUAUUCAUCUGGGUGCUGCUGGGAAUUUUGACCAUUCCGGCCAUGUAUCAAAGUUUUAUCAGAUGCAACAGCAGUGAAAAAGAUAAGAAACUGACCGCCAUUGUUAUAUUGAGGGAAAUUGUGUUUUUUACUCAGAUUUUCAUCCCCUUUUUUGUUCUUGUGUACUGCUCCAUACGGAUUAUCAAAAGACUCCAACAGAAGUCAGUGGGCGACAAGACUAAACUCUGGAGAGCGAUGUUCCUCGUCACUUCAGUGGUUUUCGUCUUUGCUUUCUGCUUCUUGCCAUAUGCCUUUACAAGAGCAGUGCAACUAAAGAUCAGUGGACUUGUGAUGAAAGAGGAAAAAGUUACUGUUGUUAAACUGUUUGACGGGCUUCUUUGUCUCUCUUAUCUGAACUGUCUGCUGGAUCCGAUCCUGUACUGCCUCAGCAGCAGUAAAUUUAAGAAGCUGUAUAUAUCAAUGUAUCUUCCCUUCCUGCUGGAGAAGGAGAAACCAGAAAGUUCAGAAGAUACUGCAGAUGACUGAUCCAAGUAAAAAAGAAUAUGCUUUGAAAAGGAUGUUGGGAGAAUUUCAGUCAGUUUCUUGCAAUUGCAUUUUUUUCUAAAACAUUUUGAACAGUAAAUGGGUAGUCGUCACAUUGAGUAUCAUGUCUAAGAUUUAUUUGUUUUUAAAAUGUGUUUAAAAAAAAAUAAGAGUCUGGAUUUUAUGUUACAAUUUUUUAGGAAUGUAUAAAUUGCAGAAAUGUAUGCUUUUAGGCACUGUGACCAUUAUAACGCACAUUUGUUUUCUGCAUUCUAGUUUAUUUUAAAUGGCCCUGCGGUGUGACAGAUGUACAAACAGUCCAAUGCAUAAAAAUGUCAAAACAAUUAGCUAUGUGCUUUUAAAAGUAGUUUUAGAUGAAGAAGCAUGUCACACUGAAUGCAUGUCAAUUCAUUUUUUAAUUCAAUAUGUGUCUUGCUUAUAUUGGACUUUCUGAUGUGACUCAUGAUUUGUCUGGAAACUGGAAAUGUAUGAUUUAGAAAAUUUCUCUGUCAGACACAGAGGAUGAAAUGUGUACAAUUUAAUGUUUUCCUUUUUUCUUUUUUUUUUCUUUUUUGCAUGUAUAAUUAUGAUUUGAAUAUGGUAAAAAUAGAAUGUUAUUUCCACACUAUUGUAAAAAUACUUUUUUUUCUUAAGAGCAUAAAGAUAAACAACA